AUGGCAGAUGCCAUUGUUGGUCCACUGUUGAGCAAGCUGCAGGCGCUAGCAGUGACGGAGGGGAAGGCCCUAGCCGCCGUGGGCAACGAGAUUGACCGCCUCCGUGACAAGCUCAUGUGGCUGCAUGCGCUGGUGCACGAGACUGACCUCCGCAGCAGGUCAGACAGCAAUCAGCAAAUCCGCGUACUCGCGUACCAGGUGCGCGAGGUUGCCUUCGCAGCCGAGGAUGCCAUCGACCAUUUCUUCCUGCAGGCCGACCUCUCCCGCUUCGGUCACAACUGGCGUGUGGCGGCUGCCAUGUUCUUCUCUAACUUUGGCACACAGAUCCGUGUCCGGUACAUCCUCUCCCGGAAGAUCAAGUCCAUGAACACGAGGCUAGAGGAUAUUGUGGACAACAGUGCCAAGUACCACAGCGACGAUGGAAGUACAAAAGCGACCACAUGGAGGGCGUCACGUGCCAUCCCUCCAGUCCGCCAGAACUGGGAUGACAGGGACUUGGAGAAGAAGCAAGAUGCCAAGGCGGGCGGGCCAAUACGCAAGGAAGAAGAAAAGAAAUUGAAGGACCUCCUCCUUAAGCAAAUUGGAAGCCGUGUGAUUUAUGUGGUUGGUGAGAGUGGUAUCGGGAAAAAGUAUCUGGCACAGAAAGUAUACAAAAACAUCAAGGGAAAUUUUGACGUACAUGUGUGGGCAAGCUUUCCACCAGACACCAUCAACAUCAUUGGUGAGAUAAAAAGAAAGCUGGAAGAUAAGUGCUCCAAGCUGCAGCCUAGCGUGGAGAGUAUAGACCAAGUUAAGUACUUGGUUGUGGUAGAUUGCCCGCUGAGUAACACCAUGCUCGGGGAUAACAUUAUUGCACAUGAUUUGCUCAAGGGUGCAGAAGGUAGCAAGAUUGUGCUGACAGCAACGUCCAGUCCCCGUGCAGACAAGAAUAAUGUCGGCAUCAUCAAGCUUGGUUAUCUGAAAAAUCCGAAGAGCGAGACGUUGUUCAACAGGAUUCUGGGCCUCAGGGGGCGCAGGCAGACUAAAUACAAGACAACAAUGAUGGAUAAGGUCCGCAAAAGAAUUGAACCAAUAACCAAGGGACUACCACUGGCAGUGGCUCUUCUUGCCAAGUUCAUGCGGACCAUGGACCACAGCAAGUGGGAGGCAGCAUCGGAGUACAUCCAGAUGAACAACCAGGACAACGCGCUCAUGACGAUGGUGUCCAUGUGCAUCGAUGACCUGCCCAAUGAUCUCAAGUCAUGCUUGCUGUACACAGCAGGCUUCCCGGAGUGUAGCACAAUCGACGCCGGCCAGCUAGUGCGGCUCUGGGUGGCGGAAGGCUUCCUAACUCAGCAGCCUGGGGUGGGACAGGAGGAGCUGGGUCAACGUUACCUCAAGGAGUUUAUCUUCCGAGGCCUUUUGCAGCUGGUGAAGAAGAAAGAAUACAUCGUGGAAUCAGUUGCCAUUCAUGAGCUGGUUCAUCAGAUUUUCCGGUCCGAGGCGCAACGUAUUGGCCUCAUGGAAACCCACAAUGGUGGUCGGUAUGCCUUUGUCACGGUUAGCGCGAGGCGCCUAGCUCUCAACAACAGCAAAAUGCCGGGCAAAACAAAGGUGCUUUGGAAGGUGCGAACCGUGCUGUCCCACGACGCACAAGGUAUUAUGGGAGGUGCAAAGCUGCCCAGUCGAGCUCAUGAUGCCAAGCUCAUGGAAGGGUCACAAGAAUCCAAAGAAGGCUCCAACCAUCUGAUCAAGGAAUCCACCUCCCAUGAUGCACAAGCAGGGCGACAGGAAUUCAAGGAAGGCUUCAGGCAGCUGCUCAAGGAAUCCACAUUCCUUCGCGUCAUCAGCCUGGAGGGCAUCAACAUUGGCGAGAAGCUGCCAAAUCGAAUCGGGGACAUGCUGCACCUACAGUACCUCAGUGUCCGGUGUUCGAACUUGACAAUGGUGCCAGACACCAUCGGCAAACUCAAGAAGCUCCAGACAAUGGAUGUGCGAGGGACCAAGGUGAAUACUUUGCCCGUAUCCUUCUGGAAAAUCAAAACUCUACGCCAUGUUCUAGGAAACCACGACCUCCAGUACCCUGAGUUUUGCCAAACAUCUGAAGACGUUGACGACCAUGUGCAUCUGAAAAUUAAAGAGCAUGUUGAUAACGUGCACAUCUCCCGUAGGAGCUUGUGGGUGCUUGUUAGUAGUACGUGUCGUCAGUUGUGACCAUCCUUUAUUUCUUCCACUUCCAUCAUCUCCACUCGGUCACCACUCCACUUAUGUAAAUUGCCUAAAUAAAUACUCGAUCUUAUGUUACGAGUCAGAGUGUGACAGUCAGUCAGUUUGUAAGAGUAAUGUAUAAUUAAAUACGUGUGUA